AUGCUAAAGUACAAAUGUGAACAUGAUGAUUUUUCCCUUGAAAGUUUAAAAGAAUAUGGUUAUCGUUUAUAUUUUGAUAUAUUGUUCGACCCUGACCGUUUUCCAUUAAUGAUAAAUGGUCAUUGCAACGAAGAAUGUAAAACAAAAAUGAAAGAGAUUUAUAAAAUAUCAAUAGAACAGUUUUUAACUUCAACCCAAAGAUAUUUUGAAGAUGCUAGAAUCUUUGAAUAUGCUAAAAAAGCAGAAGAUAGUGACCUUAUUUAUUAUGAAAGAUUUUUCGAAUUAAAAGAAUUAACAGAGGACCCAAUCGAUGGAAAAUACAAAUUUAUCAAUUCAAAUGAAAUAAAAGUUGACCCAAUUGAUAGGGAAUAUAAACUUGUGUUAAUAAAUUUCAAAGUUGGAAUUCUUAAUGGAAAGCCAGUCAGAUUAUGUGAUCUUCCUGAUGGAACAAAAUGUGAUUACGAUGCUGACCAUUUACCAGAUAACUGCACUCAUUAG